AUGGCAAGCCAAUCUCCCAAUCUGUACAGCUUCUCCAAUUCCGAUGCGCUUGCGCAACAAUUAAGGGCAUACGUCCUUAAGAAUCAAAAUGCCGCCCUCGCCCGGCAUAGCACUUUCCGCGUCGCAGUUUCAGGUGGCUCCUUGCCCACUGUUCUCGCCAAAGCUCUGCUUGCACCAGGCAACGGAACCCCCGAAGACACCGCGCAAUUCUCCAAGUGGGAGAUUUUCUUUGCCGACGAGCGCGCCGUGCCUCUCGAUCACCAAGACAGCAACUACAAAUCACUGAAGGAUGAAUUGCUGAGCAAGAUCCCCACGGAACUGGGAGAGCCUCGCGUACACACCAUCGAUCCCAAGCAUGUGGACGAUGAGGACCCACAGGAACUCGCAGACUUGUAUCAGGAGGAACUGAUGCGCAUUUUCGCGGCCAAGGACAGCGUCAAAUUGCCGGUGUUCGACUUGAUCCUUCUGGGCUGUGGUCCCGAUGGUCACACCUGCAGCUUGUUCCCCGGCCAUGAGCUCCUUAGGGAGAAGGACGCUUGGGUCGCGGCCAUUAGUGACUCGCCGAAGCCCCCGCCGAAGCGGAUCACCCUCACCCUACCCGUGGUCACCCACGCUGUUAGCAUCGCAUUCGUGGCUACCGGUGGUGGAAAGAAGGAUAUCAUGAAGCAAAUUUUCGAUGCUGAGGAGGGAAGAGAACUCCCUUCUUCUCUUGUCAACCAAGGUGCUGGGGAGAAGGUCAGCUGGUUCACUGACCAUCCCGCUGUGGAGGGUGUCUCUUUCCCGAGACGUGGAAGUUUGUAA